UGUUGUUUUCGCUUCUAACGUCAAGUGGAUCGUAUGUCGACCUCUCCUGGGCUACUUGAUCCGCGCGCAAGCGCUACCUAGCAUUGCCACCUAGCAACAGAGGCCCUUCGUGGACGAUCAGAGGUGGCAGGAUGAUUUCUUUUUUUGUUGAGCAGCUGUUGUUGUAGGCUCGUCCCGCGCUCGAAAUUGUGGAAAAUUGAUUUACGAUGCGAGACGAUCCCCGUGCGACGAACCUCAUGGCAACUUCCAGCGCGUUGCCUGCGCCGUCCGCGAAGUGUGUCUGUUGUUGUACGAGGCGUUGUUUAUUGGACGGAUUCGGAUCGAACGACCCAACGACGCUCCGGACGGGCUGUACCGCACUCAACUCACGGGCCUGCGGAAUUCUUAUCAUCAUAAGUACGAGGGAGAGAGCGAGAGAGGGAAAACACGUCACAGAACGCUUGUGGCCCACUCGGGAGUAUCGGGGUGUGGAAAGGAUCGUUGUUGUGUAGCGCGCUUGAUGUAGACAAAGGGGGCGGUGAUGGGGAGGAAGGUAGGGCUGGAACAGGGACAGAUCGGGACUGGUUUAAAGUGAAUCUGUGCACCACGGUCGGUGUCAGUUGUUUGCGAGAGAUCGAACUACAAACGCGCGCGCGUGCACACAUAUUCGCAUACCAAGGAAAGAAUAUUGAAGUUUUUUUCGGGAACUCUACUAUUGAAAAUUCUUACAAGAAUUACCCCCGCAAAACUGUGAAACGUUCUUCUAACAGUGUCAGGUUCAAGAACAGCUCAAGUGAUACGAAGUACGAGGAACUGUUUGCAAGUGUGAAAGGGUGUAGAAUAUUAAGCGUACGUUGGCGGAAGGUCUAAGAUCUCCGAGCCUCGAGCAAAGUCGCUAAAACCUGCUCUACAAGGAACUAGUAGUCCGUGUAACCUUCAGCAGCAAAAUGAAUCGUGCACUUUUCGGAAGUUUGGUCGCCAUCUCGGCCACGGACAGUAGCCGUGGUGUGAGCAGCCUUGCCGGUGCCGGUGAACCGCUCGAGCCGGUCGUCGUUGGGCGGCGUAACAGCUUACCGCCGGCCUCCCCCAUCUUCAAGCCAAUUGUGCCGUCCAAGCUGAACGGACUGGGCGCCCGCCACGGACUGCACCAUCAAGCACCGACCAACGGCAACGGCAUGACGAACGAUCGGCCGGUUGAGUUGUCGAAGCGUACGACCGAAGCCAAGGAGUCGCUCAAGAAGGCACAGAUCGUGUGCUUCGACGUCGAUUCGACCAUCAUCACCGAGGAGGGCAUCGAUGAGCUGGCUCAAUUCUGCGGCAAGGGUAGCGAGGUGGCUGCACUCACGAAGGAAGCGAUGGGUGGUAGCAUGACCUUCCAGGAGGCGCUGAAGCGUCGCCUGGACAUUAUCAAACCGUCGCAGCGGCAGAUCCGCGAGUUUCUCAAGACGCACCCGUCGAUCAUUUCCGCGGGCGUGAAGGAACUGAUCGAGCAGCUGCGCAAGAACAAUGCGGAAAUUUUCCUCAUCAGUGGCGGGUUCGACUGUCUGAUCGAGCCGGUGGCCGACGCGCUGGAGAUUCCGCUGUGCAAUCUGUACGCGAACCGGCUGUUCUUCAACUACAAUGGUAGCUACGCCGGGUUCGACACGACGCAGCCGACGUCGCGAUCGGGUGGCAAGGGCGAAGCGAUCAAGCAGAUCCGCAGCGUGAUGGCCGGUGGUGUCGGCACGGGAGCGGACAAGGUGGUCGCAAUGAUCGGGGACGGCAUGACGGACCUGGAGGCGUGUCCACCGGCGAACAUGUUCAUUGGUUAUGGUGGAAAUGCCGUUCGGGAAGAGGUCCAAAAACGAGCGACCUACUACGUGACCAACUUUGCCGACCUACUCUGGUGAUUGCAUUUUGAGGGGAAGAGCACCGCACCACCAUACCCACCCUACUUCCUUUGCUGAUGAAACCCCAUCGCAUUAUUUCAUUAUUAUUUCACUAGCUGUUAAUCACAUUGUUUUCCUCUUCUUUUUUUUUUGCUACACCCACUCUUAUUGUAAAUAGUUAAUUAUUACACUUACAAAUUAUUAUAAAUUAUGUGCACCUUUUUAAGUUGAAUUAUUAUAGCGCGCUUUAAUUAUAGUAGUAGUAUUUUCUUGUUCGAAUAUGUUCAUCAAAUAUACAAUGAAUUCAUGUAAAAGCAAA